UCUCUCUCUCUCUCUCCAGGACUUGGCUCUGCUCCAGCCCCCUGCCGGCUUGGCCCUUGCUGCCAUAUGGGGAGCCCCCAAAACGAGCUGCCCAGUUUUGCCUCCUUCACCCCUUCCCUGCCACCUCCUGUCCCAUCUGACUGGCUCCGACUCUCAGGACCCUUCCUGCCCCCUCUCCCCCCUGAACCACACUUCCCUGGGUCCCCCACACCAGACACCUUGAUCCCAGGACCCCCGUGCCCCUCAGUGGCCGGACAUUUUCCGGCGCUUCCUCUGUUGGCCGGGCUGGCACAGGGGGCUGGGGAGAGGCUCCAGCUCUUGUCCCUGAGGCCUGAGGGGCUGGAGGUCAAGCCCGAUCCCACACUGGGGGCAAAAGGGAACCUGGAGCCCAGGGAGGGCUUCUCCUCAGAGAGGCAGGGCCCCAAAGCUGGAGAGGAAAGCCCUGUGUCCCCCAGUCUGGAGAAUUUCAAAGCAGUGUGGCCCUUGGAUCCUCCUUAACUGGGGAGGAAGAUGUCAAGCAGGGGUCCCGGAAGUCCACCUCUCCUCUUGUCUACCUCUCUUUUGGCUUUGCACCUUCCCCUGGCUGGAAACAGCUUUAAAUUGCAGGAGGACUUGAAGGGGUGGAGUUGGACCCAAGGGGUGAGGGGCAUUGCAGGCAAGGAGCAUUUGUGGGGAUGGUGAGAACUGAGCCAGGGUGCCCUUGCCCGUCAAACUGCCAAUCAGAUUAAGGAGACAUUCAUCUCAACUUUUUUUGAAGGAGAGGAGAAUGAGGUUUCCAUCAUCUGAAGGACCCCAUGCCUGCCCACAUAAGGGGGCAAAUUGAAUCUAAGCUGGGGAGGGGUCAGGAGUUGUUUUGUUCCCUGAGUCUCAGGGCAACUCCUUUCUUCUCUGGGCCUCAAGUCUCUCAUCCAGGCUAAGAUCUCCCAACUUUCUCCUGCCCUUCCAUGUACCUCUCUCUGGCCCCUCUGAUUUCUGUGACGCUGGGAGCUCCUGUCCCCUCCUUUCCCCAAGACCCAAGGCAAGCAGGGUCAGGAGGGACUGGCCUCCUCAGCUCUGUAACACCCCACUGCAAUGCCCUUGGCAAACUGCCCUCUUGGCUGACCAUGCCCUGCUGCAUUCCUGCUGCCCUCUGAUCUGAUGUGGAGCUAAAAGCCACCCAGGAUUCCUGAUGGAAAGAGUUGGAGGUGGGGAGUAGGGAGGAGGCGGCUCUGACACCUGGAGCAGCAGUGGGAAUCAAGCCAGCCAGUCUCCUCCCUUCUGCUGCCGUGUCUCCCAGAGAGAAAGGCUGAAACCCUAGCUGGAGUUGCCGCGUUGCCACCUGGGGCCAGGGGGAAACUAGCCUCGAGGAAAAAACAGAGCAGGGGUCUUUACAGAAUGACCCUCCAAUCUCUGCCUAGGACCUCUGAGCAGAGCUCUUCUUCUUUUUUUUUAACUUUUUUUUUAUUGAGUUAUAGUCAUUUUACAAUGUUGUGUCAAAUGAGCAGAGUUCUUAAGGGGCUGAGGAUGCAGGGGGGCGUUGGACCCCUAUAUGCCCUCUACCCGACCCCUCCUCCCUUCAGUGGUUCGUGGUUGCUGUGACCCCGACUUUUCAGGCAAUGAAAAAUGCUUUGUGGUCAUUUUUCCAAAAUAUCUUUUUGGGAGUUGGUGAACCCAGGAGAAUAAAAGCUCCACUCCAGAUGACAUAAAUUUCCAGGCUGGGCUCUCUGUGUUUUAGACAAAAGAUUCAAGCACAGCAGAGUUUCUCAAACUCGGCAAUAUUGACAUUUUGGGCUACAAAAUUCUUUAUUGUGUGAGGAGCUGUCCUAUGUAUUCCAGGAUAUUCAGUGCAUCCUGGGUCUCUAGAUACCAGUUGCACCCUCCCCCAACCUCCUCUUCUAGACCUUGUGAAAUGUCCCCCCCCCCGCGGGGGGGGGAAAGAAAUCGUCCCUGGUUGAGAAUCACUUAAGAAUGGCUUGAGCAAGUCCAGAUGUUCAGGCAAAGAGGGGACCUAGGCUCCACCAAUGCAGAGAGAACUGUUGGCUUUCACACUGCAGGAGUGCCCCCUGGUGGCCAGAGUCAGCACCAGCGAUCAGAA